AUGGCGUCGAAUACUGUCGCACAUUCAGCUCAGGUGCAACUGUACAUUCAAUAUAAUGCGCGACUUCCACCAAGAUCUCCUGCAUUUCAAUGGCCUUCGGGACCGGUGCUUUUAGUUGCUCAACUUGGUCUAGACGCGAUUCUUUUCGGUCAGAAUAGUACACCAGGAUCCACGAUUGAGUAUGACCGUGCCUUUCUCAAGCAUUUGGUAAAGCAUAUUGAUGAAGCAAUUGAAGAAUGUUCAGAAGAACAAGCAGCAUCCUUGGAUACCACUAAAGAAGACUUAACUGUUGAUGAUGCCUUGUUGGAACGAUACAUGACAUUGGUGUCGUUGCCUGAGACAGCAAGUUCAGUUCACGGGACUCAUAUCCCGUGUGCUUUACAUGUAAUUCAUUUUUUCCCUACAGACGAUGCAUUGACGCUUCAUCCGGUGCUUGGUCGGUGUGAAUCGGUUGUGCUUCGCCAAGAGGGUGCUGCCAUAUCCCAAGGGACCACAGGUCUGACCACGUGGGAAGCAAGUCUUCGACUAGCCGCUCAUUUGACUGCUCAAUCCCCUCAAAUCUGGCACCCCCAGGCUCGAAUCCUCGAAUUGGGAAGUGGCACAGGGUUUCUAGGCCUUGUGUGUUCUCGACUUUUUCGCUUUUGUUCUGACCCGCGCACAGAUUUUUCGCUCGUCUUGACAGACGUUGAGGGUCAAGUCCUCAAUCGUUUGCAAGAGACAGUCAACCUUAACAAUGCGCAAAACGUUGAAAUUGAGCCACUAAACUGGGUUGAGGUAAGUGCAGGAGAACCAGAGGCGCUCGAGCAAAUCCGACGCAUUCGGCCCACAUGCAUAUUGGCUGCGGAUGUCGUAUAUGAUCCAGGAUUAGUGCCUUGCUUGACAGAUACGCUUCUUGUGACACUACAAAACGGCACAACUAGAGACGGUCAACGUCCAUACGCAUUAGUCGCAAGCACAAUCCGGAACCCUGACACAUACGAACAGUUCUUGCAAUCACUGCGUGAGCGGCAUAUGCGCUGGACUAUCGUGGAAGCAGCACAACCCACAUGGCCCAAUUUGGAUACCCUUCGCUUGUUCCCUUCAGUACAUAACCCCGAAACUGAAGGGCAAGUGUGCAUAUUGCACAUCGAGCAGUCAUAG